CGCCAAAUUCGAGAUCGGUUUGUUGUAAACGCGCGAGAUCAAGAAGAGAACGGGACGACAGACAGCUGAAAAUGGCUAACGUUUUGAAGAAUUCGCCGUAUAAGAUCAUGCCUAACACUGAAAUUCGAUCACCAGUUCGACCACCAAAAUUAUCGUUGACGCCUUUAAGUCCUGUGAGUCCUGGAAUCUGCUACUUUUAUCCCUGGAAAUGGUCGGAGAGUGCAGGGAACGUCGAGCUCAGCCCAUCUGCCAGCAGCAGUUCUUGCGGUGGCUCCCCGCCCGUCGAACGAGGGUCAAGUAGGGGGAGACCGAGGGCAGAGACGGUGGCAGAGUUGCAGAAGGCAGGGAGCAGUGAAAUCCGUCGAGAUGUCAUUCAGUGUAUUAUUUGCGAUCGGAUCUUUCCCCGAGAAAAGUCAUUAACAGCACACCUUCGAACGCAUACAGGAGAACGUCCAUAUAAGUGUGACUAUCCAAACUGCAACCGAGCUUUUGUUCAGAGCGGUCAGUUGAAGACCCAUCAGAGAUUACAUACAGGAGAGAAACCUUUCGCUUGCUCAGUUCCAGGUUGUCAAUCCAGAUUCACACAUGCAAACAGACAUUGUCCGGAGCAUCCAUAUGCCGGCCUUCGUCGAGAGACAACCCAAGUACAGGUGGAAGAAGUCGUCAGGACCGAUGAGAACAGUGAAGAAGUUGCCGAAUGGUUACAGAGGUAUCAAAAGAGACAAGUAGAAGCCACUCUUUACAGUUCAUCAAGCCCACUCAUGAGAACACCUACAUCCAGACGACCCAGGGAUACAAACACUCGUAAGAGGCUCAGGACCGAGAGCGUAGAAUCUAGUGACGCGGGCGAGGAGACAACACCAAAGCGUGGACGGAGACCGAUGGUGAGGCAGCUCAUACGAGAACAACAACAAGAGCAUAAGGACAAAUUAUUAGGGGCUAUGGCCCUAAUUGAGCUCGCACAAAAUACAUUUGGAAACUCACAGUCGAUCUCUGAAAACUAGAUUGAUACUUUAGAAUGAUUUCUAGCUCAAAAAGGAACAUUUGAUGUGAUAUUUUUAUAUUUCUGGCUGUGACAUGUGGUUUUACAGCCUUUGAGGAGAUGACUUGAUGUCUGCAUGGAAGUUUUCAAGUAGAUGAUGUUGAGACCAAACUCCUUCCCAUCAAAACAAACUUUCAUUUUAAAGACUGAGCAUGACCAAGAUGAAUACUUCAUUGUAACAGUUUUUACAAGCAUGUUUUUGUUAUUAGUUUAUUUAAUUUUUUAAAUUUCCCCAUCGCUAUGGAACAUGAAAGACCUUUUUGCACUAUAAUCAUGCAUAAAUUUAAAUUGUAAAAUACAUAGGAAUUAUGGCAGUGCUGAGAAUGUUUAAGAGGGCAAGUAUUUCCAUUUUCCUCAAUUGGUACAAGUUACAACUGUAUCUAUCUACCAACUACCCUGUUCUUAAGAUGACAAAUCCCUGUGGAUGGUAGUGUGUGUUGGGGGAGGGGGGUAGAGUUUGUGUUAACUCAAAGGACAAGUCCACCCCAAUAAAAAAUGGAUUUGAAUAAAAAGAGAAGAACCAAACAAGCACAACACCUAAAAAUUCAUCAAAAUCGGAUGUAAAAUAAAGUUAUGACACCUUAAAGUUUUGCUUCAUUUCACAAAACAGUUAUGUGCUAAUCCUGGUCAGGUCAGUAUGCCAAUGAGGAGACUGAUGACAUCAUCCACUCACUGUUUCUUUUGUAUUUUAUUAUAUGAAAUAUUCUAAUUUUCUCAUUGUCAAGUGAAACAACAAUUAAUUGAUCCAUGAACAUGUGGAACUUGCAUUGUUUGAUACUUUGUUUCAGUCAAGUUGGUCCUUAUAAUCAAAUCUGUAAAAAAAAAAGAAAUAUUAUGAUUCAAACAAAAACAAUAAAAAACAAAAGAAACAGUGAGUGAAGGACAUCAUCGGUUGUGUCUCAUUUGCAUGUCACUGAAUUGUGCAUAUCACUGUUUUGUGAAAAAUAAGCGAAACUUUAAAAUGUCAUAACUUUCUCAUUGUACAUCCGAUUUUGGGCUUAAUUUGAAGGCCGGGGGGGGGGGGGGGGGGGGUUGUAAAUGUCAUGUGGGCAUUUUUGCUCUGGCGAGUUGUUGAAUGGGAAUUUCUGCCAUGAUCAGAAGUUUACAACCAAAUCUUUCACUUUCAGAGUAUUAUAGGUAUGUUUGCUGUGCAUAUUUAUAUUAAGGAAAAGAGAACAUGGUUAGGCAAGAACAGGAUAUUUCAUGGAUGUGAUAGUACAUUUUCUAUUUUAUUAAAAUUGUAUUUUAAUAUAGCGGAUAGAUGAUUGUAUCUUACUGAGGGUAUGCUAGUUUGUCUUGUGGGUAUAACAAAUGUGCUCAUAUAAAUGUAUGUAAAGCUGGUUAAGCAAGGUUUUCAAUAUUUAUCACUGCUUUUGGUCUUUGAGAAUAUCUAGAUGCUACAUACAUGGUGUAUAUACAUGAAGAUGUAUUCAGACUUUUGUUUGAUGAACUACUUUGUAAUUUAUUCUCUUCACAAUUGAUGCUAGAGAUGUAUAUCAAUAUUUUGCUGACAUCUGUUGAAUGUAAGCAUGUGAAAACAUCACAUGGUAUGUCAUAAAAACACAUAAUUUCUGUGUAUCAUUAAGAUUAGGCGUGGGUCACAUUCCUCAUUAAGAUAAUUGAAGUACUCUUACAACAUAAAAGGCUGUAUUAUUAAUCUUAUAUUUUAAUGCUUCUCAAAGCUGAACAAUAUAUAUGUUUAAUUUCAAACUUCAGUGUCUUUUUUUCUGGAUCGUGACUUUUGCAUUAGUUCAGUAGUACAUUUACGAGCUGCAUAUUAAUGAUUUUUUUAAUUUAAAAGAAAGGUAAAUUAAUUUAGGGGGUGGGGUCGUGUAGGGGCAUGUGGGUCAAAAUGGACGCUGUACAGCCAAAUGUACUUGUGGAAUAUGCAAGAGCGAAUGCAUCUUACAGGUAUGUUCUAAUUUUAAAGUUAUGUUCUAAUUUUAAAGUUAAUCUUUUAUAGUGUUUUUUUAGGCAUCAAAUAGUAUAUUUUAUUGUAAUUUUGUACUUGGUGUUUGUAGGUUGUGAUGUUUGUUUUGUCUUCAUUUUUUUUACUGAGUGUAACUCUGUAAAUAUUUAUUUAAUGUAUGUCUUUACAUUGCCAGGUCAAAAGCAAGGGAUUCCUGAAGGACCGUUUUAUUUCUAUCAUAAACAAAAACUUUCAUCGCUCAUUUUUAACAAGAAUUUUUUAAGAAAUCAGUCAUUUUGCAGUUCGAACAAGAUCAAUCCACGUUAAGUUUUCAUAGAACAUCAUUUUUAAACCUGUAAUUUGAACAUACACAUUCAUGCCAACUCUGAAAUGGUGUUAGUAAGUGGAACAUUAGAAGCAUCUCUAUGUGAUAGCUUAUUUUGUCAGUUGAUAUAUUUAAAUAAGAAUCAGGGUUGGGAAAGAGUUUAAAGAAUUAAGUUUUGAAAAUGGAUCAAAUGCAAAAUAAUGUUUUCUUUUACAGAAAUAUCUAAUAUCUGUAUGUUUCUAUAUUCAAAUUUUAAGAAUUAUUUUGGUAAUCAUUUUGAAGACAGUGGAUGAUUUCAUUUUUUCCCUAGCUCCAACACCCUCAAAAGAUCUAAAUUACAUUUAUGUUAGGUAAAAUCCCAGUGAGAUUUAUCGCAGGACAAUUUGCUAUUGUCGAUGUAAAAAUCUGCACCACUCCCAACAUCAAAACAAAUGCCUACGCUAAAAAAAAGUGAAAUCCUCCAUUUACCCCCUUUUUUUUUUGGGGGGGGGGGGGGGAGUUGAGGAAUGUGUCUUGAUAUUUUUUUAUAACAAAAUGGCUGCGUGUAUAUACUGCAUUUACCAAUGCCAGGCCAGGGGCCUAUUUCAAAGAGACUUGCAGGUAUGGUAACUACCAUGGUAACAUGGCUCAGUAGUCAAUCACAAUUAAGGUUUCCAUGGUAGAUAUAAUAAUGACAAAGUUACAAUAGUUGCAAGUAUUUAUGAAAUGGGCCCUUGGUAUAUUCUGCCUGUCUUGUAUCCACUAUGCGAGGGAAAGGAAACUGUAAAUAGUAACAUAAAUGUACAUACAUUGAAUGUAUGAUAUAGAGAAUAAAAUAUGGAUAUAUAUAAAACUGA